CCAUUAGUGUCAUUGUCAUUUGCUCUUGAUCCUUGCUCGCCUUGAUUUUUCUACUUUUAUGUUUUUGUUGAUAGAAAAUAAUAUUAUUUGUAUUCAAUUUAUUCGUUGCUAUGGGUACAACAGAAGAGCUUAUGUUAUUACUAAAUGAUAAAAUAAAUUUGGGAGAAAAUCUUGUGGUUAAAUUGGAACCAUUAAAUGAAAUAGAUGGAGUUACGAAAUUACAAAGGAAAAUUAGGCAAGAAAUAGAAUUCUUACGAAAGUUAAGAAAAUCUAAGAAUGUGAAAAUUGAACAAUUAUCAUGUUCAAAUCUCCGGCAUCUUGGCGCGAUGGUUGAGUUGACUCUAAGACCUGGAGUUAUAGCAGUGUGUAAAAUUUUUCACAUCAAUGACUCGUCAAAGUUAGUAAUUGAUAUAAUUAGUGAGGAAGGAAGAGUAUGGACAAAAGUUAUUGCUAGGAACCCUAAAUCACUUUCUGCCUUAAGUGCUGGAAAGGCUUCUUAUGGAGCUCGCUCAAUAUUGGAUCAAGCUGAAGAUUAUCUGGAAUGUGCAAAGCUUUACCCAUGCAUGUAUAAACCUCCUAAGGUUAUUUUUGAAUUUAUGAGUGGCAUAGAAGAAAAUUUGGCAAAUAAAUUAAAAUCUGUUGGUGUGACAGUGAAAGGAGAAAUAUUACCUAAUUCACAUCUAUCUGAAGAUAACAAUGAUUCAUGGGGGGAAGAAUCCAGUGAUGAUGAGUGUCAAGAACAGAGUGAAGAAUCCUCAUUGAACCCUAUGCCAGAAUGUAUGGAUGAGCACCCAGAAAUUAAGACUCUGAACUUGGAUGUAACGGCUAUGAUGGCAUAUGUGAGCAAUAUGACAAAUGGUCACUGUAAUUACAUAUUCAAACAGGAAGUACUCUCACAGCAGGCAGCUUGGGAAGUGGAGAGACCAGUAAAACCUAUUUUAGAAAGAUUAUUUAAAGACAAGACAUUAGUGUGCUGCAGGACAGCUUGGGAUGAUUUUGAAAAAAUUGUAACCACUCUUGGUGGACCUAUGGAAAUCAAAAGAACACAAGAAUUGAAGAAUAUUGUCAAAGUAUAUCCUGAUGACUAUGGUGGUGAAGAUGAUUAUCCAAGAAAGAAUUUAAAAGUCAGAGGCCAUGUUAGAUUAAGAUCCAAAAUAAUUUUUAAUUUUGGGCAUAGGAUCAAAGCUCUUACUGUUUCAGCCAAUGAAGGAUUUGUCAGGGCUGCUAUGCAACAGGGCAUAACUUAUGCAUCAUUUGUGCAUGAAUCAAGAGCUUUGACAGAGGGUAAAGAGCCAACAGCCACAAAAAUCUCAUUAUGAUAUUCCAUAAUUAUUAUUAAUAUAUGAAGAGAACAACUACAAGUCAAUUAUUUGUUAAAAUCUGUAAAAAAUCGAUUGUUUAUAAAAUUUAUUAUCGUCCAUUAGUAAUAUAUAAAUCUAUAAGACACAUAAUAUAACAAAUAAAGCAAUUUAGAUAUAUUUCCGUUGAUCAUAGUGUUGCAAUUGCAAAUAAACAUUGGUUUAUUUCACCACCUUGUGGGUGAGACCCCUAGCUUCACAUAGUAACUGGGGAUGUGGUGAAAUGUGCCUUAAUCCAAUUGCCUCAAAUAUUGUGUUACAAUUAGUAAUCAUAAAAUUAAACAAACUUUUAAACCUUUGUGUAAGUAUGUUGAUACCUUGUUAAUUUGAUAUAAUUAAUGAUAAUUAUGUGAAUGUUAACCAUCAACAUGUGAUCAGAAAUCAGUCUAUUUAAAUAAAUAUCUUUGUUUUA